ACAUGCCAACUUUCCACUUGAAACGUCAACAUGCAUGGGCUCCACCAUAAUCAUUGAGAUACAAAUACCGGUAUACUUCAUUGUUAGCUUGCCAACAAGAAGAAGGAGAAGGAGAAGGAGAAGGAGAAGGAGAUGAAGAUGAAGAUGAAAUGCCUUCAUACACUCAAAGAAGACCCUUUAAUCCCCUUCAAUCGUUUCCAUGCAUUUGUCUACUUCUUUGCUGUUCUUGCAGUUGUUUACCAUCGCUUCUCAUUAGUUAUGAAUGAUACCUCCAGUGGUGUACCUUUCUCCAUGUUUGCUUCUCUUUUAGUCGCUGAGCUCUUGUUUGCUCUUCAGUGGUUCACGGGACAGGGCUCCAAGUGGCGUCCGGUGACAAGAAGAGAGUUUCCGGAGAGGCUUUGGGAGAUGGUGGAGGAGAAGCAGCUUCCAAAGCUUGAUGUCUUUGUUUGCACUGCUGAUCCUUAUAAGGAGCCACCCGUGAACGUUGUGUGCACUGCUUUAUCUGCCAUGGCUUUCGACUACCCGACCGAUCGGCUAUCGGUGUAUGUUUCCGAUGAUGGUUGUUCAGAGCUGACGUUGUUUGCUUUCAUGGAGGCUGCAAAGUUUGCUCUGCAUUGGCUUCCUUUCUGCAAAGAUAACAACAUUUUGGUAAGAUCUCCGGAAGCCUAUUUCAAUAGUUCUAAUCACCAUGACCACUCUCAUCAGAAAAUUAAGAUCAUGUAUCAAGACAUGAAGGAGAGAAUUGAUAGUUGCAUGAAGAGAGGAUUUGUUAGCGAAGACAUGAUCAUCUCUCAAAAAGAAAGCGAGCUCUUCAUGAAGUGGAAAAGAUUCACUCGCCGUGACCACCCUUCAAUCAUCGAGAUAUUACUGGAAAGCGACAAAGAUAAAGACGUCUCCAGUGUUCCAUUACCCAAUCUUAUCUACCUUUCCAGAGAGAAAUCCUCAAAGAUUGCUCACAACUUCAAAGCUGGAGCUCUCAAUUCCCUGCUACGAGUCUCAGGUAUGAUAACAAAUGCACCAGUGAUACUCACCUUGGACUGUGACAUGUAUUCAAAUGAUCCAUCCACUCCAUUGAGAGCAAUGUGUUAUCUUCUUGAUCCAAGCAUGGCCUCCGACCUGGCUUACGUUCAGUUUCCACAACGUUUUCCGGGAAUUAAUGACAAGGACAUUUAUGCAGCAGAGAUUAGGCAUCUCUUCCAAAUCAAUUCUCAAGGAUUAGCAGGUCUCUGCGGACCGAGCUGUGUCGGCACUAAUUGCUUCUUCAAUCGCCGAUGCUUCUUUGGCUCGCCCUCCUCAUCAUCACUUCAUAAUGAUGCUAUUUGUGAUGCUAAGAAUGAAGGGAUUAGUUAUUCUAUCCUUCAAAAAGCUCUUGAUGCAUUGAGUUGUAGAUAUGAGCAUGGAACCAAAUGGGGCUCCUCAAUUGGCUUUCAAUAUGAAUCUAUAGUUGAGGAUUACAACACGGGAUAUAGGCUACAAUGCAGAGGUUGGAGAUCAGUGUUUUGUGAGCCGGAGAGGCCAGCAUUUUUCGGCGAUGCCCCAAUGAGUCUCAAUGAUGCUCUAGGCCAAACUAAGAGAUGGUGUGUGGGAUUGUAUGAAGUGGGGUUCUCAAGGUAUUGCCCCUUAACAUUUGGAGCUAAGAAUGUGUCCUUCCUUGCUGGAUUAUGUUAUGCUUACUAUUCCUUUUGGGGUCUCUGGUCCAUUUCCAUCACCAUUUAUGCUCUUCUCCCUCAACUCGCUCUCAUAAAUCACAUUCCUCUCUUUCCAAAGAUCUCCGACCCAUGUUUUUAUUUGUACGCGUAUCUCUUCAUCACGACGUAUGCUCAAGAACUCAUUGAGUUUAUGAGAGGAGGAUCAACAUUUUGGAAAUGGUGGAAUGAGCAAAGAAUAUGGAUGAUAAGAGGAGUCACUUCUUUCCUCUUUGGAUCCAUAGAGUUCACACUUAAAUGUAUUGGAAUCUCAACACCAGGGUUCACUGUGACUAAUAAAGUUAUGGAGGAUGAUGAACAAAGUGAGAGAUAUAAUAAGGGACUGUAUGAGUUUGGUGUGGCUUCACCUUUGUUCUUCCCACUUGCAGUUGUGACCAUUGUUAAUUUGAGCUGUUUUACUUUGGGAGUUGCAGAGGUUUUGAGGAAGAAGGUGAGUUUUGAUGAGAUGUUUGUGCAGUUAUUCAUCUCUGGUUUUGUUGUUCUGAAUUCUUGGCCAAUUUACGAAGCCAUGUUUUUCAGAAAGGAUCAAGGAAGGAUGCCAACCAUUGUUACUGUCUUUGGAGUCUGUAUGACUUCACUGUUUGUAUUGCUUUCUUUCUUUCUGUUUUGAGGGUGAGGUUGUGUGAUAACUGCAAUGUCUUGUCUGUUAUACUUUGUGACUUGCAGAGUGUUUUUAUUUUUAUUUUUAUUUUAUUUUGUUUAAAAAAUUAGAUAAUUCACAACUUCAUCUGUCCUCUUGAUAAUAAAAUAUGCACUAGGAGGUUGCUUUUGUUUUU